GUCUCAGCAGGCCGCUUUGCAAAAGAAGAUACGACGUUGAAUGUACGUAGCCAAGGACGCUUUAUCGUUAUUCGCGGGAGAGUCCUUUCGAUUUAUUGACAAUGGCAGGUGCAAAACCAUUCGUUGACAGUAAGAUAAAACAGCGGCCUGUUUUAUUGUUUUCUAAGAAGUAUUGCCCUGAAUCUAAAAUGAUAAAGGAAAUACUCGACGGAUACAAGCUGACAAAUCAAACCUACGAAGUGGUGGAAAUUGAGAACAGACAAGAUUGUAACCAAAUCGAGGAUUACUUCCAGAUCAUUUGUCUCACAGAUAGGCGAGCGGUACCCCAGCUGUUUGUCAGGGGAAAGUACAUUGGUGGUGAACCGGAGAUCAAACGACUUCAUGAUUCUGGAAAUCUCGGCAAAAUUCUUAUUUCAUUAAAACAAUAGAAGUUUUAUGAAAUAGUUACUUGGACUCUUUCUGAUAGUUGUUGUUUCUUUUGAGACAAAGAAUGUAUCGAAAGUGCCUUUACAGAUGUUUCCAAGCCUAAGUGAUCGGAACUCCUACAUUAUUUUGACAUGUAGUGGAGCCUGCACCCAUUUGAUGAAAGGAACAAUUAAUUUAAACAAAGGGAAAAGGACUUGGCCUAAUGAUGAUUUCUUUUCCAUCAGUUUUUGUGUUAUAAUGAUUUAAAUUUGAAGGCAUAAUCAUAUUUUGAUGUUUGAAAGUUUCUUUGAUACUGUAGUAUUAAACUAUUUAUGUAAAAAUGCUAAUCAGAAUUCUGUGAUAAUAAUUUUGAUAUUGUUUAUUUCAUUUUGCCUUUGAAAUUUUAUAUUAUUUUACAUUUGUUUUGUAUGUAUUACAUAUUAUAGAAUGACUAUCAUGUGUACAUUUUAUGAUGGCAAUAUGUUGCAAUUUAUGAAUGAUGCACUAUCAUUAAUUUUGAAUUGUGAUUUGACAAUUGAUACAUAAUUUACAUCUUUGUUAAUUUUCCCCAUCUAGGGAUAACAACUAAUUGAUGUAAGAUAUCAGAAUGUUUUCAAAACAAUUUUCUCCUUUAUAGAUAUAAUUGUCAUACAAAAAUAUUUACUUCCUAAUUUAAUUUUGAAAGAGUUUUUUCAUGAGUUGUUUUCCUUUUUACAUCAACUAGACUGAAAUUAUUUUACAUUUUGUGAUAUUAUUUAAAUGGAUUUUUAAUAUUUCUCUAAAUAUUGUAAUCAUUUUCUUGUCCUGGCAUCAGAGCGUCAUGUAUCUGGUAUUGAAAAUUGAAUAAUGAUUGCAGAUUUAUUGAGAAUGAAUCGAUAUGUCAAAUUGUGAACUCUAUUAAAUCUGCAAUAAAUAUAGACAAUGCCUA